AAAGAGGAGAAAAGUUGGCCAGGUUUUGUCAUUAUUUUGUGUGUAUUAUCUUGUUGAUCAACUAGUUUGUGAAUGUGCGAGACGCGUUGUCGCUAGAUCGGUACUAAAUUUAUGUGUGAUCAAGAUAAUAAUAUAGUGUGCUGAAGUUUUUUUCACCGAGAUGAGUGUCGGCGUCACUUUCUCGGACGAGAGUCAUCCAAAAACAUUGUAUGUGGGAAAUUUGGACUCAUCAGUUUCUGAGGACCUAUUGUGCACGCUUUUUUCGCAAAUAGGGCCGGUAAAGGGUUGUAAAAUUAUAAGAGAGCCGGGAAAUGAUCCGUAUGCGUUUGUUGAAUUUAUUAAUCACCAGUCAGCGUCUACGGCGCUGGCGGCAAUGAAUAAACGUGUGUUUUUAGAAAAAGAGAUGAAAGUGAAUUGGGCUACGAGUCCGGGUAAUCAACCUAAACAGGACACAUCUAAUCAUCACCACAUAUUUGUUGGUGAUUUAUCUCCUGAAAUAGAGACUGAAACGCUUAGAGAGGCCUUUGCUCCAUUUGGGGAAAUAUCAAAUUGUCGUAUAGUAAGGGAUCCACAAACACUUAAAUCUAAGGGGUAUGCAUUUGUAUCUUUUGUCAAAAAAGCAGAAGCUGAAACUGCAAUACAGACAAUGAAUGGGCAAUGGUUAGGGUCUAGGUCCAUUCGUACAAACUGGUCAACCAGAAAACCGCCGCCGCCAAGAACAGAAAAACCAGCACAACGAGCCAAACAACCAACAUUUGAUGAAGUAUAUAAUCAAAGCUCUCCAACCAACACUACUGUAUAUUGUGGGGGCUUUACAAGUGGUCUAACUGAUGAACUGAUGCAACAAACAUUCUCUACAUUCGGUCCUAUACAAGACAUCAGAGUCUUUAAAGACAAGGGUUAUGCUUUUAUUAAAUUCGCCACCAAGGAAAACGCCACACACGCAAUUGAAACCAUUCACAAUACUGAAAUUAAUGGUCAAACAGUAAAAUGUUUUUGGGGUAAAGAAAAUGGCGGUAUGGGAGAACCUGGACCAAUGGCUCCUGGUGGUUCAGCUGUAUCUCCUGCUGCACCACCUUAUGCAUAUGGAUAUGGAGGAUACUGGUAUCCACAAAGUUAUGCUGGUGGUUACAUGCAGGGCUAUCCUUAUCCCCAGCAGUACCAAUACCCAACAGGCCAACAAUACUGUAUGAUGCCUCAACAAGGCGGCCAAUGGAGUGGUCAGCCUGGACAACAACCAAAUGUGCCCGUUAUGUAUAGUAAAUAUCCUUCCCAGUGAAUGUUUCUACUACAGACUGUUAUUUGCAGUGCUACAUGUUGUAGCCCUUAAUAUUAAGAGACUUCAAAUAAAAUUACAUAUUAUGUGUAGUUUAAUUACCAUCAUCACACUUUGGCUUUUAAUUGGUGUGUAUUGAAUUCUUCUGAAUUGCUGAUUGAUAAUUUUCAUAUAUAUAUUUAUAUACAUAUACACAUGUAUAUAAAUAUAUAUAUAUAGAUAUAUAUAUAAUAUAAUUCUUAUUUUUUGUUUAUUAAGUUCUUAACGUAUAGAAAGAAACAAUGGCUGUUAUUGUUAGAUUCAAAGUGUGAAUGGUAUUUAAAACAUUCACAAAAGCGUGAUAUAAAAUUACAUUAAAUUUUUUUUUUGUCAGGAGUGCAGAUAUUUGAAUGUUUGUAAAUUUGCAUGGUUGAUUACAAUUUAAAGGAAAUGAUGAAUUGUGAAAGUUUACAAAAAAAUAUUUGUAGAUGAUAUGUAAAUUUAGGUUUAGAUAGGUACAUUGUAACCAUUAUGAAAUAUCACGGAAUAAAAUGUACACUAAUGAAAAGAUGAGGUUCAUAUGUAUGAAUGAAGUUCCACAAUGACAGAAUUUUAUAAGAAAUGUAUAUGCUAGUUGUUAAAUAAAAAUUCAGGUCUGGGA